UGUAAUCGGACUGCUCCUAGACGCUGAGCUCAUGAAUAAUGCAGCUGCCAAACUUUCUGCGCCGCCCUAACUCUGAGAGUUUUGGGUAAGUUUGUUUAGUAUAGUCGAUCGCGCAGCCGCCACGGUGGAAGUACUCAGCCCUUCAACGUCUACAGGAUGGGUAUGUAAAAGAGAAAAGGGACCAACUGCCCUCCGUCCCGCAAGGCUCGCUUCUUUGUCCAUCCUUUAAGACAGACAUAUAAUGAUAGAAACUCUUUGAGCUUGGCCGCCCUCUGCAUGCGCGAGGGGCGAAGAAGACGUCAGGCCUGCAGCAGAGCGCGGCUGAGAUUUCAGGAGAGCGCGGCGUUCUAAAUCCGAGCGUUCGCCUCUCGGUGUUCCAAGUCGGAACGGCCAUCCCGCGGGAUCCCCCUUGCUUCGAAUCCCAGGCCCUCCUUGGAAUUCCUCCCUUCCUUUCGUGACAGCCGCGGGAGAAGAUCUCGCUCCUUCGUCCUUUAAAGGAGCUGUUUUCUUAAGGGGGAGUUGUAGCAGAUCUCCGAAGUUCUGAGGGGGAGGGGGGAGUUGCAUAACUUUCCUUCGGGGCUUGACUUGGAUUUGCUUCAACUGCUCUUGGAGAUUCUGCGAGAUAAAGAUACUCUUUGGGGAGGGAGGGGAUAACUGCCUUGGAUUUUCUGCUUGAGGCCUUUCGAAGACGAGGGGGAGAAAGGUCGAGAGAGCUUUGCUUUGGAAACUUAUUUGCCGCAAACCGAUUCCAGCUACAGGAACCUGGUCUCGGAGCGAGGGAGGCUGGAAGUCUGCGAGACAACUUUAGAAAGCGAAAUCCUGGCCUGCCGGCUCUGAUCCAUUCCUGCUUCUAGACACCUUCCUCUCUCCCUUUGCGAGGUCUUGCGGUAAACUUUUGUGGCUCAAGGUAGGAGAAAUGAAUCCUGCUGCCGUCCCUCCCCCGCCGGGGCAGCAAGUGAUCCAUGUCACCCAGGAUCUGGACACUGAUCUAGAGGCUCUCUUCAACUCAGUCAUGAACCCUAAGCCCAGUUCGUGGAGAAAAAAGAUCCUGCCCGAAUCUUUUUUUAAGGAGCCCGAUUCGGGAUCCCACUCCCGCCAAUCCAGUACCGACUCGGGCAGUCACCCUCCCCGGCUUAGCAACGCCGCCGUCGGGGUCCACCACGUCCGCUCUCACUCUUCGCCAGCUUCCCUGCAGCUGGGCACCGGGACUGGAGCCACCCCGACUCCGGCUCAACAGCAUGCCCACCUCCGCCAGCAGUCCUACGACGUGACGGAUGAGCUGCCGCUUCCUCCCGGCUGGGAGAUGGCGCUCACGCACACGGGUCAGAGAUACUUCCUCAACCAUAUAGAGAAAAUUACAACUUGGCAAGAUCCUCGAAAGACUAUGACCCAGCCAUUGAAUCAUAUGAGCCAUCAUCCUUCAGCCACUUCCACCCCAGUAUCACAGCGAUCAAUGGCUAUGUCGCAACCCAACCUUGUAAUGAAUCACCAGCACCAGCCACAGAUGACACCAACUACAACUAUAGCUCAGCAGAACCACCCUCCCCCAAACCCUCAAGCAGCCUUAUUGAACAUGCCGAAUGCAUUGACUUCUCAGCAACAGCAGCAGCAGAAGCUGAGGCUUCAGAGGAUCCAAAUGGAGAGAGAGAGAAUUCGCAUGCGUCAGGAGGAACUCAUGCGUCAGGAAGCUGAUUUGUACAGACAACUUCCCAUGGAAUCUGAGAACCUUGCCCCAGUUCAGACUGCUGUGAGCACACCUAACAUGACACAGGACAUGAGAUCCAUUACAAAUAAUGGGUCAGAUCCCUUCCUGAACAGUGGGCCAUACCAUUCCAGGGAGCAGAGCACAGACAGUGGCCUAGGCUUAGGAUGUUACAGCAUACCAACUACACCUGAAGACUUCCUCAGCAAUGUAGAUGAGAUGGACACAGGAGAUAAUGUAGCACAGACUCCCAUGAAUAUCAACUCCCAACAGACCCGCUUUCCUGACUUCCUUGACUGUCUUCCAGGAACAAAUGUUGACCUUGGGACAUUAGAGUCCGAAGACCUGAUCCCCAUUCUUAGUGAUGUGGAAUCAGUCCUCAACAAAAACGAACCUUUUCUCACCUGGUUGUAACUGAUAACCCAACAUUUCCUUUCCCUCUAGAAUUUAAGGCCAAGCGUCCUCAAGCCCCUCAGGUAACCAGCCUAAUCCUUUGCUGACUUUUCCAGCCCCUUUGUAUGUCAGUGAAUCUUGAUUGGGAUUUCAUUGACUAUAACUUACGUUUGAAAUAUAUAUGAACUCAAUAUACACACAUACACCUAUUUUUAAGGAGUAGAAUUACUUAUAGAUAUAAAUGUAAGUUUUCAUAGAUGUGUUUUGAGGACACAAAGGGGGUUUUUUUGUACCACGUCUGAACUUAACAGUCAUCAGUAACACACAGUUAAGUGUGUAAUUAAGGAAAAGAAAGAGUGGUGACUGUAAGAAGCUAUAGACUGAAGAAAUUAGCUUGGUUCUGAAAACCUAGCACACAGUCAGAUACAGCUCUAUGAUAAUAUUUAAUGGUCAUUGCACCAAAUGCUUGUUAUUUACAUGAGUUUUAAAAAUCAUUAUUUUAAAUAAAUUGACAUUGUAGGGAAAACAGCAUUUUUCUUUUUAAUUCCAAGUCAGCCACAGAGCAACUUUUUAAAAACUUGCAAAGCACAAACAGUACUAUUGGGACUUUUUCAGUUGCUCUAUGGUUUCUAGUAAGCAGUACUUUCAAUAAAAGUGAAAUGUUUUAGCUAUUGUUUUUUACGCUACCACUGCAUUAUAAAAUCAACCAGGUUGGUACUAAUUGCUGCCAUUUUAAAACUAUAUAGAAAACAACAAAUGCAAUUAUACAUGUUACAUUUUUUUUAAAAUUUCAUUUUAAAGAAGUACACUUUAUAUGUAGCUGUUUAAAAGACUAUGUUACAGUGAAUCAUAGAAACAAUAAACUUUGUUGUGUCACAUACAAACUGAACAAAUAACUAGCAAAACACAAUUUCAGAAUUCUGGACAAAAGUGUCACAUUAUUGAAUGCAGUAACAAUUUUGUAGAACCUCAUAUUUUUUCUUUUUAAUAAUAAUGCAUUUUGUUGAUCAAACUUUACAAGCUAGAAAUAAAAGCUUCACUUUAUUAUCAGUUAGGUGAAAGCCAACAUCUCUUUGUCAGUGUGGCAAAGGUGCUUAACUUCUUAGCCACUUGCUUCUUACUUCUGGCAUAUGGGACAAAGCCUAUAGUUGGUGUACUCCUAGCUAUAUUCAUAUAAAGAUUAUUAAAUAGCUGAUAUUUGGGACUGAGAAUGCAUCAAGGACUUCAAGUGCUCACUUUCCCUGAAAUGCAAAUGACGUCCUGAGAUUCUUAAGUAUUUUAAAUUGUUUUUAUUUAUAAUCUAUGAACAUUAAGCUUUUUUUAUUGAAAGAAUCAUCUUUUUAUGGAAGGCAUUAUAAUUAAUAUAAGCCUCUUAAUCAGUGAUAUGCAGAGCAAACAAAGAGGUGAAGCACACUGCUAUGCUUCAGGCAUAAUGAUAAACGCUAAUUACCAUAUUACAGAACUGGGCAGUAGACUGGGUUAUAUGCCCCUUAUUUUCCAACUUGGCGAAGAAAAGGCAGGUGAAAUGGAAGUUAGAUUGAAGUCAGUAAGUUAGGUUGAAGAAUGGCUAUGGAGAGAAUGCAGAUAGCAGUGCUGGAGUAUUACAAAGUCAAUUCUGGGGAUUACCCCAGUGGAUCAAUUAAAUGUCAGUGAACACUAUUUUGUGGGAGAAUUGUUUGCUUGAAGGUGUUUGUUCUGAAUGCACCAGGCUAGUUUUCUUUUUACAGCUCUUUAAUCAUGAGUGAUAGAAAAAAGCAAAGUUCAAUAUUUGUGAAUUUCAAUAUUUGACCCAGAAAAUAUUUUGUCUUUGUUUUAUAAGGGAAGGGGUGGGUGGGUAGGCAGACAUAAGUAAGUAGAUUAGUUUGUUCUAGCAGAUUCUUGCACCUACUAGAAAAUAAUUUCCAUCAAUGGGCAUUCUUUCCCUUUUAUUUUAAAGGACUUUUUUUUUCCUUUUGCUUGCUCACUUAACAUAUAGGAUUAAUCAUUAAGAGAGCAAGAUAUUUGUCUUUAAGCAAUGUUAUUGCAUGUUUCCACUAUUUAGAGAUUAUCAGCCUUAAUAUGAAAACCAGACACUCCUAAGAUGUUUACUAUUUUAGCUAUGUGAACAAGUUUCUUCUUUCUUGAUUUUUUUCUUACCUGCUUAGAAAAACAGGAAGUUAUUAAAGGCAGAUCCAAAUCUCACUUUGUUGCAUGGUCAGUGUUUUUGUGUUCACUGGCAAGCUGCAGAAACACUGCCAUAAAUCACUCAGCAUCAGACCACUUGACAAUUUCUGGACUUCUGUAGAUUUACAGAUUUAUGACAUUCAUAGUAAUAUUUGCUGUGACAGACUGGGCUCCUAGCUGGAGUAAAUUGGCAAUAGAUAGCUUUCUUAUUCCAGGUGGAAUAAAUCUAGCAAGACAGCUCACUUAGUCUAAAGAAGGAUCAGAUCAAAUACAUUUAUAUUUGAAUUACCAGUUCCAACAUGUUUGUGGCCAAGAUUGUCUUCCAGUUUAUACAACCAAAAAUGUCCACCAAAAGAAUUCUUCCAAGUUGUGUACGUGAUAUAAUUUCCCCCCUUCUAAAUGUUUUUCAGGAGGUAGUCUGCAUGAAUUGGAAUUACUUCCAUUUAAAGUAGAAGUGGUUUAGAGAAGGAACCAAACUUCACCCAAGGCCCCAACUGAGUCUAGGAGAGAGUUUGGAGCAGAAAGGAGAAUAUUGUCUUAGUCCAAUAUGAUACCAAAGAUUGGCAGGGAAGCAAAAUUCAACCCUUAGACCAGGGAUUUCAGACAUUUUCUGGCUCCAGAACCUGUUAAUUAAAAAAAAAUCCCAGAACCCCUAAUCAAGAGACACUAGUAAUAGAUUAUUUGAGAGUUUCUGAGGGUGGGGUGGGAUUUGCCCAUAGUAUCUUAUGGAACUCUGUCAUACCUUCAUGGAACGCUAGGGUUCCACAAAACACAGUUUGAAAAACCCUCUGCCAAGAAAAUGUUGCGAAAGCAGUGUCCCCCCAAAGGGUUAGACAUGACUCGGUGCUUGCACAGGGGACUUUUCACCUUUCACCACUCCAGAGAACUGCAGCAAACCUCAUUUAGAACCAGCAGAUGGGAAAAUGUAUUUUUCCAUUCACUGAAGCUUGCAAUAGCUGGCCUGCAAAAAUCCAAAUGAUCAUUAAAUGACAGCAAGGAGAUACAGAAAACACUAUUUUUUGCUGCCAUUUAGUGAUCUAGAGUUAGAUUUUUGCAGUCUAAAUCUAAUAAUGCUAUACUUUUUAUAAGUAGAAGAGGCAAUUCUGUGUAUACUUUCUCCUUUGAAGAGAUCACUAGGGAUGCUGAUUAUUGGCAUCCCUGUGGUAACUCUGGAAUUGAAGUACAUAAAUAAGAAGUGAAUGUGGAAGACUUGUGAGAAAAUGAUAUUGUUGUUCUUUUUUUUUCUAUUCCUCACCAUGCUGAAGGUAAAUGGUGCAAACAUAGGGCUACCAGAACAAUGCUUGAAAAAAUUGGAUGACCACUAGAUGCCAGCAAAAGAACUACCAUUUUCUGUAUCUUUUGUAUCUAGUGGAUUUUUGGAGCCCAGAUCUGCUAAAUAAAAAUAAUGCUUAACCAUUCUAUGGUGAAAAAAAGCUGCAUUGUUACUAGCAAUAUGCUUGAUCUAAGUUUGCAGCCCUCAGUGCAAUUACCUAGUUCUAAGACCUGCUCAGUGGGAAUACCUUCCAAAUAGGUGUGCAUAAGUAUUUUGACUGGCAAGUUCAGAGCCCUGCAAGUCUUUUGGGAUUAUGACUCCCAGAAUUCAGUCCCAUGUGACCAGUGAAAUUCUGGGAGUGGCAGAUCUAGGCCAUAUAGAAGGCAGUAGGUGAGGGUAAGGCUGGUUUAGAACUAUAGUGUAAUAAAGAUAAAUUGAAUAGGUUAACCUAUGAAGGUUUCAUACAACUGAUGAAAAAAAGUCAGCAUUAGAACAAAAGGAGCUAAUAUUGUUUUGUUUUGUUUUAACUGCCAGAACUGUUAUUUUUAAGGAGUGAAGCAUCUAGUAGUAGAGAUUGGGGGCGGGGUGGGGGGAGGUCCCAAUAGUCGCAAAAAUGGAGAAGACUGAAUGAGACAGAACUUUGAUUGUUUUGCAAAGCCCUCUUUUUGUUAUUUUAGGGUUGCUUUGCAAACAGUUAUUACUGAUCUAAUAGUUAUUCACAAAAUUUCAGUGCAAGACUAUGAUUUGUGGCAUUUAGUUACUUCAUUUUUUACAUUAAGUGACUUCUGUCAACCAUGAAAAAUGUAGUAGUAGAGCAGUCAUACUGCCGAUCAAGGAUUUUGAGCUUGGGAAAGGCACACUUAAAUCCCUAUUAUAUACAAGUUAUGGGAUAUUGGUAGCAACUCGUUAUCUUGAGUCAGGGGAAUAUUUGAGGUCAUUGUUUUUCAAACGGAGUUCUUGGGAAUUCUGAAGUUUCUUAGAACUAUAUUAAAAAUCCCAAUCUAACUACAAAUUAACUUUCAUUAAAGUGAACUUGCCUCCUAAUGUGCAGUGAGAAAAGCUGGCAUGGUGUCUAGUGACUAUUACUGAACUAAGAUUCAGUAGACUCAGAUCCAGGUUCUUGUUUUGUUACCUGUCCUACGUCACACGUUUGUUAUGAGAGUAAAGGAAAGUGCCAUAUAUGCUACCAUGAAGUCCAUGGCAAAAAGAUGGGAUUAAAAAUGUAAUAGAAUAAGGAAACCUUUCGUGCUGCAACAGAUAUUGUAGUAUUGGUUGAAUUACAGAGUUCGUUUUAAGCUCAUGAAAGGGAAAAGUGAGAUCCAACAGGCCUGGCCAAAGCCUUGUGUUAACAGUGUGUGCACUUGAAAAUUAUUCCUCUAAACCACUGGAAGGAGUUAAUAUGCCAAGUGCAAAAGGAUUCCCUGAAGGCAGAUGUUUGAAAACUGCUGUAUUGGAAGUGAAACUGAUUGAAAAUAAAGCAUUGGAAAAGCAAAGGCUUUUUUUUUUAAAGAGUUGGAGAAUUUACAUACCUGUUUUCAGGAAUGGAAAUGGAUGGUAAAACAAAUAUUUCUGUUUUCCUAAUACACUACAUUCAUUUAUGUGCUAAUACUUUAAUACUUUUUUUAUUUACAUCAAUUUGUUAUGCUAUAUGCCAUCUUGUGUGAGCAUUUGUUUUCAGUGUAGAAUAAUUUGCAUACAUAUGUGUAUGCUUGAAAAUCAGUCAGAACAAACAGUUAUAUCCAGAGUUUGUUUCUUUUUUAAAAAACAAAGUAUUUCUUUAUUAUUGUACAAGAAAAAUAAAUAAAUAGAAAUUGAUUUAAA